CACAAAACAGGAACAGGGGAAAUAAUCUGUGACAUUGAACCUUUUGAUUUCAGCAAAACCACACCUUGCUUGAUCAUAUCUCUAGAAAAUUCUCACAGUCAAUACACAUACCCUUCUGUUUUCUUAAUAUUUUACAAAAAAAGAAAAAAAAAAAAUCUAGGAUACUAUAGUUAACUGUAGAUAGACAGAUAGAUAUUGUUGGUGUUCAUCUAAUAGUCAUUAGGGGGCGUCUAUACUGGUGUUUGUGGAAAGCAAAGCACCUUACAGCAUGUUUCCUCCCUGAUGGAGAGAAAGACGGAGGAGAUGCUGCGGCUGCUGCUAAAAGCUCCCGUUUCUCAUGCGUUUUCAUCGGUUCUCUCGACUCUGGGAUAAUUUCAUGAAUGCAGGACCAAUUUUACUCUUGGAAGCUCCUAAAAGACACAAAAACAGAGGUCUAUGUGGUGGACGUGAGUUGACGUCGUCAACAGGGUCGCGCGCAUUCCUACGAAUGAAUAUUCGCCGGAAGAAUCAGCGCGAGGGAUUGUUUUUAUUUCGAUUCAGAGCGAUCAUGAUGCUGGAUGCUGUUUAUAUCGAAGAACGGGCAAUAAAAAAAAAAAAACGCAAAUACGCUUUGAAGAGGCCUGUGUCCUGCUUUAAUCGAUAUCCAUUAUCGCCUCUCAUCCUUGAAGCAUGGACAGACUAGAGGAACUUGUAAACCAGUGGAUAUGGCGGCAGGACUUCUGGCUUCCUCCUGGCGUCACAUGGAAAGAUAUCGCAGAGGGGACAUUGGAUGGAAGUCGGCAUCCCGUACCCCGCGACCUGCUCAUCUCCCUGCCUUUGGCCCUGGGUUUCAUUGCCCUGCGUUUUGUUUUUGAAAGGGUUGUGGCGCUGCCGCUCAGCCGAUGGUUGGGAGUCUGUGACAGGGUUCGGGUUCGUGUCACGCCUGUCCCGAAGCUGGAGGCGUUUUACCUGCAGAAGAACAAGCAGCCGUCACAGGUUGAAUGAUUUAGUGGUUCUGGAGAAGCACUGCGGACUCACUCAGCGCCAAAUCCAGACCUGGCUGCGUCAGCGCCGGAACCAGGACAGACCCAGCAACACCAGAAAGUUCUGCGAAGCUUCGUGGAGGUUUGUCUUUUAUCUCAUUGCGUUCUUAGCUGGUCUCAUCUCCCUGAUUAAUACUCCAUGGUUUUGGGAUCAUCGGGAAUGCUGGAGCGGAUACCCAAGACAGGGCAUAGCAGAAGCCCAGUACUGGUAUUACAUCAUGGAGUUGUCCUUCUACCUCUCGCUUCUGCUCUGCGUAUCGGUGGACAUAAAGCGCAAAGACUUCAAAGAGCAAAUCAUUCACCACAUCGCCACCAUUUUCCUCAUCGCGUUCUCAUACUGUGCAAAUUAUGUGCGCGUGGGUACCCUGGUGAUGCUCGUCCACGAUUCCUCUGACUUCCUGCUGGAGUCUGCCAAGAUGUUCAAUUACGCUGGAUGGAGGAAGACCUGCGAUGCCCUGUUUGUUGUUUUUGCUGCGGUUUUCCUGGUAACUCGCCUUGUGGUUUUCCCAUGCAGAGUUAUCUAUACAGCUGUGGUGGAUUCAUUGGACGUCUUUCCUCCGUACCCUGGUUAUUAUUUCUUAAACGGCCUUUUGCUGGUUCUUCAAGCACUGCACAUCUUCUGGGCUUGGCUGAUUCUUCGAAUGGUUCACAAAUUUGUCUUUUUAGGCAAAGUGGAACGUGAUGAACGGAGUGAUGAAGAGAGUGAGGCUGAUGAAGAAGAAGAUGAAGUUGGAGAAGAAGAGUGCAGCUGGGAGCAGAAAAAGGGUGCACUUAACUCAAAAUUUGUGUCAUUGGCCAAUAACUGUGUUUUGAACAAUUUAACCAAUCAGAGACGAAAAAUGAAUAGCAGAACGCCAAAAGCCAGAUAGUAAAUCUACUUUAUGUAUUUGUUUUGUUUAAACAUGUUGAAUAACCUCCACUCUCUUGACUUAUCUUGUUUGACAAGGUCCAACUUUGAUUCCAGAUUGACAAUGUUUGUUUGCGUGAAAACAUAAGGAGAACCUAAUGCACUGAUUGCGUAGAACAAAUACUACUACUUGUUUGUAUUAUUACAUUACCAUUAGAGUAUAUUUGAAAUAGGCUCAAAGUGCUGUCUUUAAUUAAAGUUAGUCUAAUUAAUUAAAGUGUGAUGGCUGUUUAGAACUUAAACAGCAAAAUAAAUAAGGUGGGGAGCAUAAAAAGGAUUCAUAAACAAUUGUUGAGCUCUUGUUUAAAUUAGGUUGCUAAUGUGCUGCAACUGUUCGUUAUGGAACAGUGAUAUGUAAACACAAGUCGGCCCUCCUGAUGAGAGAUACCCACAAUAUUUAGGUGCACUCUUUUUAAAUACUUUUAAUAGAACAAAACAUAUAGAUAUUUCAGUCUUAGAUAUUUUAAACCUGUGAGUUUUCUGCAGUGGCUCUUAUUUUUCCAAAUGGUCACUGGUGGACCAUUAGAAAAGACUUAGAGCGCCAUCUAAUGGUGAACUGUCCAAAUGUCUUUGUGAUUUUUGCUGCUGUUGCAAGGGACUACUGGAGCUUGUUGUCUUUUGUCCGUUAGUACUUUUUGUUGUUCAACAUGAAAUACAAUGAUUUGUGCAUUGAAAUCUUAAAAUCAAAGUGGGUAGUGUGAUUUGAGGACUCCUACAGUAUGUAGGCCCCUUGAUUUCUUGAGUAUUGAAUCUGCUCCAAGGGCUAAAGGCAAAGUGUUUUUGUUUUGCAUAGGGCUGGAAAUGUAUUCAUGUUUAGAAUACAGUAACACACCUAACCUAAGUUGUUUAUUUGCACCAUAGCCAUGAACUGAGCCUUUUGUCCGAAAGCUGUGCGUCUGUCCUACACUUUCACUUUAAUUUUCAAAUGACCUGUGAUUGUUUUUGUAUGGAUACAUUUUUGUUUUUGGUUUUUGGGAUUUUACUGUGCUCUGAUUUCGCUAAUAGUAACAUAAUGCAGAUGUUAUAUAACUUGUAACAAUGACAGAAGAGGGAUAUAUUCUUAUGAUAUAUGAACUACCGUCUUUGAUACUGUGGUAUUAUUGCAUUCUUGUUUUUCACUCUGCCAUUUUCUCUGUGCCCUUUUGAAUAACAAUAAAAAUGUGAAGAGUAA